CCCCUCCCGCCGCCGCGGAGAGCGCAGGGAGCAGCCGGGGGCUCGGCGGCGGCGGCGUCUGGCCCCAGCUCCUCCUCCUCCUCCGUCUCCUCCUCGCUCCCUCCAUCUGCCGUGGUUAUGGCCCGUCGCUGGAGCACAAAAGAGUCUCCGCGGUGGAGGUCUGCGCUGUUCUUGCUUUUCCUCGCCGGGGUGUACGCUUGUGGAGAAACUCCAGAACAAAUUCGAGCACCGAGUGGUAUAAUUACGAGCCCAGGCUGGCCUUCUGAAUAUCCUGCCAAAAUCAACUGUAGCUGGUUCAUACGGGCAAACCCAGGGGAAAUCAUUACUAUAAGUUUCCAGGAUUUUGAUAUUCAGGGGUCCAGAAGAUGCAAUUUGGACUGGCUGACGAUAGAAACAUACAAGAAUAUUGAAAGCUACAGAGCCUGUGGUUCUACAAUCCCACCACCAUACAUUUCUUCACAAGACCACGUCUGGAUCAGGUUCCAUUCCGACGACAGUAUCUCUAGGAAAGGUUUCAGACUGGCGUAUUUUUCAGGGAAGUCUGAGGAACCAAACUGUGCUUGUGAUCAGUUCCGGUGUGGAAAUGGCAAGUGUGUGCCCGCAGCUUGGAAGUGCAACAACAUGGAUGAAUGUGGAGACAGUUCUGAUGAAGAGAUCUGUGCCAAAGAAGCUAACCCUCCAACGUCUGCUUCUUUCCAACCCUGUGCUUACAACCAGUUCCAGUGUCUGUCCCGGUUUACCAAAGUCUACACUUGCCUGCCCGAAUCUCUAAAGUGCGACGGGAACAUUGACUGCCUUGACCUCGGCGAUGAGAUAGACUGCGAUGUGCCAACGUGUGGGCAGUGGUUAAAGUAUUUUUAUGGUACUUUUAAUUCUCCCAAUUAUCCAGACUUUUAUCCCCCCGGAAGCAAUUGCACCUGGUUAAUAGACACAGGUGACCACCGUAAAGUCAUCUUACGCUUCACAGACUUUAAACUUGAUGGUACCGGUUAUGGUGAUUAUGUUAAAAUAUACGAUGGGUUAGAAGAGAAUCCACACAAGCUUUUGCGUGUGUUAACUGCUUUUGAUUCUCAUGCACCUCUCACGGUUGUAUCUUCUUCUGGACAGAUAAGGGUACAUUUCUGUGCCGAUAAAGUCAAUGCUGCCCGGGGAUUUAAUGCGACUUACCAAGUUGACGGCUUCUGUCUGCCAUGGGAAAUACCCUGCGGGGGGAACUGGGGGUGUUAUACUGAGCAGCAGCGUUGUGACGGGUAUUGGCAUUGCCCAAAUGGAAGGGACGAAAUCAACUGCACCAUGUGCCAGAAGGAGGAGUUCCCGUGUUCCCGAAAUGGUGUCUGUUACCCUCGUUCUGAUCGGUGUAACUACCAGAAUCAUUGCCCAAAUGGCUCCGAUGAAAAAAACUGCUUUUUUUGCCAGCCAGGAAAUUUUCAUUGUAAAAACAAUCGUUGUGUGUUUGAAAGCUGGGUGUGUGACUCUCAGGACGACUGCGGCGAUGGCAGUGAUGAGGAGAACUGCCCGGUAAUAGUGCCUACCCGGGUCAUAACUGCAGCCGUCAUAGGGAGCCUUAUCUGUGGCCUCUUACUGGUCAUUGCAUUGGGAUGUACCUGUAAGCUUUAUUCUCUGAGAAUGUUUGAACGAAGAUCAUUUGAAACACAGUUGUCCAGAGUGGAAGCAGAAUUGUUAAGAAGAGAAGCUCCUCCCUCUUAUGGACAAUUGAUUGCCCAGGGUUUAAUUCCACCAGUUGAAGAUUUUCCUGUUUGUUCACCUAAUCAGGCUUCUGUUUUGGAAAACCUGAGGCUGGCUGUACGGUCUCAGCUUGGAUUUACUUCAAUCAGGCUUCCUAUGGCAGGCAGAUCAAGCAACAUCUGGAAUCGUAUUUUUAAUUUUGCAAGAUCACGCCAUUCAGGGUCCCUGGCUCUGGUCUCAGCAGAUGGAGAUGAGGUUGUCCCUAGUCAGAGCACCAGCAGAGAACCUGAAAGAAAUCACACUCACAGAAGUUUGUUUUCUGUGGAGUCUGAUGACACAGACACAGAAAAUGAAAGAAGAGAUUCUGCAGGUGCGUCCGGCGGGGUUGCAGCUCCUUUACCCCAAAAAGUCCCUCCCACAACAGCUGUAGAAGCAACAGUGGGAGCAAGUGGAAGUUCCUCAGCUCAGAGUACCCGAGGUGGUCACACAGAUGCCGGACGGGAUGUGACAAAUGCGGAACCCCCAAGUGUGAGUCCAGCUCGGCACCAGCUCACAAGCGCGCUAAGUCGUAUGACUCAGGGGCUGCGUUGGGUACGUUUUACAUUAGGGCGAUCCAGCUCUGUCAGUCAGAACCAGAGCCCUUUGAGACAACUUGAUAAUGGGGUAAGUGGAAGAGAAGAAGAUGAUGAUGUUGAAAUGCUAAUUCCAGUUUCUGAGGGAGCUUCAGACUUUGAUGUGAGUGACUGCUCCAGACCUCUUCUUGAUCUUGCCUCUGAUCAGGGACAAGGGUUCAGACAACCAUACAGUGCAACAAACCCAGGAGUAAGGCCAGGUAGUCGUGAUGGCCCCUGUGAGCGCUGUGGUAUUGUCCACACCGCCCAGAUACCGGACACUUGCUUAGAAGCAACACUGAAAAAUGAAACCAGUGAUGAUGAAGCUUUGUUACUUUGUUAGGUACAAAUCCCAUAAGGGAGACUGGAUACAAGUUGGAGCAAUAUCCAUUCACUGUUUUGUAACUUUACAAUUAAACUAGUUUUAAUUUAAAAAGAAAAAGAUGCAGGGUGAUUUCUCAUUAUCAUAUGUUAGCCUGCAUGUUUAAAUUAAACAGCUGUAACUCUAUGAAGUUUAGAGUUUACUGUUUUAGCAGCUAAAAAUGAAUUAUGUAUUCAUACUGUUCAAUGAUGUUCUUCCAUUUGUUUCUAAUUGUUUUCAUCCUGGUACUGUAGUUUGCAGUAGAGAUAUGGCUGCUGAAACUCAUUUGACCGUCAGUUUAUCUACCCUCUGUUAGAAUGUUUCUUUGUAUAAAAUAAUAUCUUCUUUUAAUUAAACCCUUUAUGCUUUUGCCAAUACAUCUUGUAACUUAAUAUACUAGAUGUUAAGGUUGUUAAUAUAAAAAGAAGAAAAACCCUUAUACUCACUGUUUUCUUUGUAUAACAUUUGUCUAAACAUUAUUGGAUUUCAUCAUAAUAUGAGCUUGUCAAAGGGAAAAAAACUUUGUCUAAAUUUUUUUCUCUUAUGUUUAACAUGCAGUGAUGUGAAAUUUAGAGUUAGAUAAAUUAAUGGCAAAAAACCUCUUUUAUAGAUUUUCUAAUGUUGACUUUAAUACUCUAAUAUGGUACAAACCAAAUGGUAAAAAUCCCAAGUCAUUUUUUUUUCAUCUCUUAUUUAAGAACAGAAUUUAGCGAAUGACGAUAUUCUACUAUGCAUUAAAUCUUGAACUUUAUAUAAUAUGUACAAAAAUUGUACAAGAUAAGUUCCAACUGGUAAUGUCUUUCCCUGACACAGGGUUAUGCUUGUAUUGGACCCUAGGGAUUUGCACUAAAAUCAUAUCAAGGUCUCAGAUGAAUUUAGUGCUCAAGCACUAUCACUUUAAAUGCUAUUAUUUGCUAUCAUAAUGACUAUAUAUUUCCAUAGCUUUUUGGGGGAUGAGGGGGCAUUUUUAUUACGACCAGAGGUUGCUUUGCUGGUUUCAUAUUUAUUUGUUGUAUUUAAAGACUGCAUUAUUGUAAGAAAGUGAUUUUUUCAAUAUAUUUUAUUCAUGAGGGGAGGUUUAUGCUACAUGUUGAAAAGCAAAUUAAGAAAUCAGUCAGAUCACCUCUCUUUUUAAUGUAAAUUGCAAAACCCUGCCUAUUUUUUUAUUGUCAGUUCCCAUUUAUUUAUUCUUUAGCUGUCUGUUUUAUUAGCUUAAUAAUUGAGUAUGAAAAAUGUAUUUGUGUGUGAUUAUUGCUAUUUAUUAAAUUUUAAAUACUUUGCUGAAUGUCAUUUUAAAGCAUGUUUGAGGUCUUGUGUAUUUGUCGUGUUAUGCUGUCAGGAAGAACUGACUGAACUGUUUUAAUAUGUAUCAAAAAUUAAAAUGACUUUUUUUUUUGUAUUGCCUUGAGGUACUUUUUAAGUCAAAGUUGCUCUUUAUUUUUGUUCAUUUGGUACAUAUACAGAUUCAUGCCAUGGAAUAUGCAGUAUGUCUAGAAGAAAAAUUAAAAGGGGGUUUAUUCUUUCUUUCUUACCUUAUAGUAAAGGAAUAGCUUAUACCAGUUCUCGGUGAGGACAUGAAUAUUACUUUCCCUUUGAAAAAACUGUCUCUCUCUUUUUUUUCUUUCUUUUUUUUUUUUUUUAGGUCUGCAACCUAAGGCACGUGGAAGUUCCCAGGCUAGGGGUCGAAUUGGAGCUGCAGCUGCUAGCCUACACCACAGCCACAGCAACAUGAGGUCUAAGCCGCAUCUGUGACCUACAUCACAGCUCACAGCACCACCGGAUCCUUAACCCACUGAGCCAGGCCAGGAGAAGAACCCACAUCUUCAUGGAUGCUAGUCAGGUUCUUAAUCCACUGAGCCACAAUGGGAACUCUGAAAAAACUGCCUCUUAAUUGAUUUAUUUUAUAAGAUACAAUCAGUUCUCAAUCAGUUCUCUUUUUAUAUUAUUUUCAAAUACAAUUUAGACUCCUAUACAACAUUUUAUUGGCAGAAUUUGGGUUACCAAAUUAACCUUGUUUUGGUCCUGCUAAUAAUAUACUAUCACGUACAGAUUUUUUGUUUUCUGACAUGUGUUUUAAUAACUAAUAUAUCUUAUUGAUUCAAACAGUAAAAAAAAUUAAAUCUGUCUCCUACCCCUGACACCCCAGUUCCUUUUCAAAGAAACAGGUGCCAAUACCACAAUCUUAUAUACACACCAAAAAUACCAUAUAGAUACAUACCUAUGUGUAUCCAUAUGUUUAAAUGCUGUAUGUUGUAAUACAAAUUGUAACAUACUACAUACACUUUUCCUGCACUUUUUUCCAAGGAAGAAAGUGUAUCUACUACUGUUUGAAUGUUGAAAGUAAAGAUGGGUGUUCUGUUAUUUGAUUUUUCACAUUUAAAAAAUUGAUCUAUCCUAAAUUUAAGGCUCUACUUUUUUUUCCUAGAUAACUACCUAGUUACUGCAAGGCUGCUUAUUAAAUAAUUUAUCCUUUCUUCACUGUUGGAAACGACCCUUUUAUCAUACUGUAGAUUUUCACAGUAUGUGGAUAUGUUUCUAGACUCCUCAUUCCAUUCUCUUCAGUUGACCUGCCUUUCUGUUUUUAUACCUGUCCUACACUGCUAUCAUAACUGUAAUGUCUUUUUGGCCACACCUGCAGGAUAUAGAAGUUGUUCUGGGGCCAGGGGUCAAACCUGCACCACAGCAGUGAUGAGGCCAGGCCCUUAACCUGCUCAGCCACCAGGGAACUCCGUGAUAACUAAUUUUUUUUUAAUGGCCAUACCCGUGGCAUAUGGAAGUUCCUGGGACAGGGAGUAAAUCCUGCGACCUGUGCUGCAGCUGUGACACCAGGUCCUUUAACCACUGGACUGGGCUGGGGAUCAAACCCACAUCUCUGCAGUGACCCAAGCCACUGCAUUUGGAUUUUUAACCCACUGCACAACAGUGGGAACUCUAAUAACUGUAAUUUUUAAAUACUCAAAUAUUCUUGCUCAUUUUUCUAUUUUAACUUUAGAAUCAACCCUUUGUGUUCCUCAAAACAAAUCCAGAGUACUUUUUUUUUUUUGGACAGUUCUACUUUUAUAGAUUAACUUGGGGAAAUUUGACAUCAUUACCAUGUUAAAGCUUCUGUCUAAAUCAUGGUGCCCUAUCCAAAAGACGGUUCCCAGAGAUCCUGCUGUGGUGCAACAGGAUCAUUGUCAGGACACAGAUCUGAUCCCCAGUGGGUUAAAGGAUCUGGUGUUGCUCAGAUCUGAUCCCUGGUCCAGGAACUUCAUAUGCCGCAAGGCAGUGGAAAAAAACAAAACAAAACAAAAAUAUGAUUCCCAUUUUUUCAGGGAAUCACAACUAUGGCUCAGAUCUGACCCCUGGCCCCGGAACUUCAUAUACUGCAGGGCAGCGAAAAAAGAAAAAACAAAAAAAUGAUUCCCAUUUGUUCAGGCCUAUUUUUUGUUGUUUGCUUCUGCUUCACAUUUUCCUUUUACAGAGAUCUUGUCCAUGUUUUGUAAGAGUUAGUCCUUAAAAGUUUUAAUAUUUUUGGUUUCUUUAUUAAGGAAGUAUUUUCUGUUUAUAAUUUAGUCUGAUUUCAGUAUAAAUGAAAGCUAGUGAUUUGUUAAUUUUCUGCCCAGCUACCAGAAUCAUUUUCUUAUAGUUUGUAGAAGCACUUCAGUUAAUUCUUUUGUGUUUUCAAGUUAUAUAGCCGUCUUCCAAUUUGCAUACAUACCUCUUUAUGUCUUAACUGCAUUGUCUAGUACUUCUAGAAUAAUAUUAAAAUAUAUUGCCUGUAAUGAAUUGGGUUGAGAUAUAUACAUUUAAUCGUGUUAAAGGGUAUAUCCAUUGAUCCCCUCAUUUAAAAGAAAUUAGGCAAGAAUGCACAUUGAAUUUUAUCACAUGCCUUUUCAUUUUCUAUGGAGAUGAUCAUUUGAUUUUUCUCCUUUGACCUUUUAAUAUGAUAGAUUUUACUACUAUAUUUUGUAAUUUUGAACCAUCCUUGCAUUCCUGAAAUAAAUACCUGACCAUGCAUAUUAUUCUUUUAAUAUAUUUCCAGAUUAUGUUUUAUAUUUUAUUUAGUAUAUUUGCAUAUGUAUUUAUUCAUCAGUGUGAUUAGUCCACUGUGUUUGUGUGUGUGUUAUUUUUUAGAAGGCUUGUUAUUAAUUUUAUGCUGGAAAAUUUGGAAAUGUUUUUCUUUUCCCGUGCUCUGGAGUCAUUUACAUAGCAUUGAAAUGUUCUCAUCCAUAAAAUUUCAGUGAAAUUAUCUGGGUCUGGUGGAUGUUUGGCAAAUAGCUCUCUAGCAGCUCUGUUGGUAUCUGCUAUGGUAAUUGGUCUGUGUAGUUUUUAUGUCUUAGCUGGGCUCAUCAACCAUCUAUUUUGUCCAAGUUUUCAGGUUCAUUUUCCUAGGGUUGAGCAAAGUACCCCUUCCUCUUUUGUGCAUUUGGCUCUUUCCCCCUUAUCAUGUAUUAUGCUUGCUCCCUUAUUGUAUUAAUUAAGAUAGUUAAUAGUUGAGCAGUUAUUUUAUCGUGGCUUUUUUUUUUUGUUUCCUCCUAAGUGGUAUGUUUUGGAUGUCUCUUUAAUUUUUCUGUUUUCCAAUUAACUGAUUUCCUUUAAUAAAUUUCCUACUUUUUGCUUUC